AUGCCAAAGCAAAGUACCGAAAACAGACAGGAUAGUAACAUGAUAUUUAUAGAUGAUCCUGAAUUGAAUGAAGAAUACCCAAUAGAUUUUACAGAUGUUAAUUCGGAUUCAGCAGGAAUGAUAACCAUUCAGAGCUCUACGGAGGAUGAAAACACCGUAAUUGUGGAUGAGGGCAGUUUAAUAGAAGAUUCCUUGUCCCAUUCAAACCCUGUGUUCAAUUCUAGCUUUGAAGAAUACAGAAGUAGCUAUGAGGGACAGGUAGACGAAUAUUCUAGUUUUGACAGUAGCGGUGGAACACUGUAUAACGAGGAAUAUUCAUUUGAAGACGAGUUUGAUGAUGAUUAUGACGAAUUUGAAGAUGAAGAAGAGGAGAGCUACUAUUUUUCUGAUGAUCUGGAUGCAACUUUAUACGACUAUGAUGAAGAUUCUGAAUAUUCCGAUGAGGUCUAUUGGGAAGAGACAAGCCAAAUAGUUACAGGCAUGAGGAGAGGAGAAUUGAGUCGAUUUCCUGAAAAUGGAAACAGCACUGGUGCUGAUAGAAACGAAAGGCUUUCUGCAGAAAGCGAACCUGACGAGCAUGAGUUGAUAAUUCUAGAGAGUAGGAAUUCGGACCAGCUGUAUCCGAGAGUAACCUAUGAGUUAAUUACAAUGAUCCUCGUACGAAUGUACAUGGCAUAUAACCUAGGUAUUGGCGAGUAUUACUCGAUCUAUGAAUUUGACAGUUAUCCCUAUAAUGAUGUUAAUAUAGCUGACAAAAUACGGGACUUUACCCCCGACGAACUUAGUUUUCUGAAGUCCAGAGUGUCGAGUAUACUUAUGAAUGACAUUAGAGAUGUGUCAUCCGUACAGGCCCUGAUCAGCUUGAUUUCCAUUGAUGAUAUUGAUAACAUUAGUUUCUCAUCCUUCAAAAAGACCAAAUUUAAAUCAACAAUGUUCAAGGAUAUGAUCAAUGUAGACGGAAAAAGCUGUGGAAUAUGCUACUGCGACUUCAGACCUUCCCACAAGUGUACAUCACUUCAAUGCCUGCAUACCUUUCACACAAAGUGCAUCAAAAAGUGGGUUGCCGUUUCUUGGUGCUGUCCUUUGUGUAGAAGAAAAGAUAUUGGAUGA